UGAUUGUUUAGUAGCAAUUAAUGAUACAGAAUAAACCACUGAUAUACCACACACGAAAUCACAUCGUGCAUUUUCUUAAUUGGACUUUAACGUGAAAUUAGGGACCGAUGCUUGUGAUUUUACAGUAGCUGAGUGACAUUGGAAAGUGACUUUAAAAACUUCUGAAAAAUUCUAGAUGAUUUUUCAAGGGAACAAUACGGAUAACUUACCCAUGGCGUACAACCCGUUUUUUCUUCAUCGGCCUUCGGACUAUAGUUCCCUACUCGCCCAACAACAGUACCUCUCCAACAUAGCACUGCAAUCCCCUGGGUAUGCAGCGUCACUCCUUCCAAAGCUUGGUCGUAGUCCCCUGGGUGGUGACAUGCUACACUCCCUGGGAUCCCGACAUCUCAGAGGAAUGGAGCCCCCAGAAACUGAAGUUCAUGAUGACCCCAAAGUAGAAUUAGAAGGCAAAGAACUUUGGGACCAGUUUCACAAGAUCGGCACGGAAAUGGUCAUAACCAAGUCAGGAAGACGCAUGUUUCCUCCCUUUAAGGUGCGCGUUUCUGGACUGGACAAACGGGCAAAAUACAUCCUUCUUAUGGACAUUGUUCCCGUGGACGACUGUCGCUACAAGUUUCACAAUAGCCGCUGGGUGGUGGCCGGAAAAGCCGACCCGGAAAUGCCCAAACGAAUGUAUAUCCAUCCCGACUCCCCCAGCACAGGGGAACAAUGGAUGCAAAAGAUGGUCUCCUUCCACAAGCUGAAAUUGACCAACAAUAUUUCGGAUAAACAUGGAUUUACAAUCCUGAAUUCAAUGCACAAGUAUCAGCCUCGUUUUCACUUAGUUCGUGCCAACGACAUCUUGAAGCUUCCAUAUUCUACGUUUCAAACCUUUGUCUUCAAGGAAACAGACUUUUGUGCCGUAACAGCGUACCAGAAUGAAAAGAUUACACAGCUGAAAAUUGACCAUAACCCGUUUGCCAAAGGUUUUCGAGAUACCGGAUCAGGGAAAAGAGAGAAAAAGAGAGUGAUAUCACACAAUAGUCAAACAACAGUAAUAUCGCCAGAGAAGUCCCGAACAGACGAUACUCAAAGUGAUGAGGAAGACAACGAGGAAAUUUGUGUCGAUGAAACAGACGAUGUACAAAGCGACGUAUCAUCUGCUCACCAGCUUAAAAAUUUGGCAAAUACCGAACAAGAAAAGUUUAGUGCUGUAAACUCAUCUUCACCGAAGAGACCAGAGACUCCUACAAACUUAAACGACAGCGGAAAGCCUGCGAGUCCUACAGAACCCUCAAAAAGUCGCAACACAGACAGCGAUCUUUCCUCGCCGAAUCGUGACGAGUUCAACCGAUCUGACGUCAGCAAUUCCACAUUCAAGAGUAUAAGUGACCACGAAGGAGAAAGUAGUGAUGAGAGUAUCCGCGAUGACCGCCGAAAAUCACCGGACUUGUCGUCAAGUGCUUCCCCCAUUGAAAGCAUUUGCAAAGAGCCAACCAAACCACCCAAUGUGACAGUGGUACAGCCCUCUGCUACGCAUGCUAUGUUCCCAUUCAUGUAUCCCUCUAAUGGACUAUUUUCUUCGCCUUCUUCGAUGCCCUUUCCCCUGGGGCACAUGUUUGGAAGCGCCCCAUUUUCUUCACAGCUCCCAUUCUUCAGUUCACCACAACCAGACAUAAAUAGUUUACCUCCAACACAUCCAUUAUCUCUGUCACUGAGCUCGCUCUCACCACACAAUCAGACAUUGUUACAACCAGCAUAUUCUACCGGAAAUUCAUCGUUUACCGGAAGUAGUUCUUUUUCCCCUCCACAUGCACAAGGAUCUCACAUCGGACCCAUGUUUACAUCUCGCACUAGUCCUAGGUUUACGCCUUACUCCCUCCCAUCCACAAAAACUACCAUGUCGAGUUCUAACUCUCCUGUAUCUACGGCAGGUCUCGGACUAGGUUGUGCUCCAGAUUUAAUUUCACCACGAACGCACGGAUAUGGACAUCACUCACCACAAAACCGCAGUCCCGUGUCUCUAAACAUUCCUUCAUCAUUUGACUCGCAAAGCAGAAACAGUGAGCUCCAAAGUAUGGAGAGAAUGUUAACAGGACUUGAUCGAAACAAAAUGAUGGCGAGUAGCCACAUUGAAAAAUGAGCCUUAAUUUGAUAAUUUUUUAAUGAACGGGUGAUAUGAUGAAAUUUAUAAUACACUGUAUGUGUGGUAUACUGAUUUGUAUUGUUCAAUAUGAUUAAUUUUUUUUCUCUAGUCAAUGGUCAUUGAAUAAUUAAUUAUUGAAGAUGAUUUUACCAUGAUUUUUUUCUUUUCUAUAUAUAAUAUAGUUUUGUACAGAACUGAAGUAUGCACCUUUUUAGACUUGUAUAUCGACUUGUUACUAUAGAUAUAUUGUUAUUGAUUUCUUCUCUUUGUUACUACUUUAUGUAUGUAAAUCGUUACUAUAUUCAUUAAGUUCUUUAUUCGCUCGGCGUAACAAUAUUGCUGAGGUGUAAAAUGGCUCCAUUAUUAUUCAUACGGGCAUAGUGCAAUAAAUUGUUCUUUUGAAUAUGAAUAAA